GGCGCGCGCUCCCUUUGUGGCGGCCGGCGGCGCCAUGGAGGCGGCGGGCGGGCGGCGGCGGCGGCGGGCGGAGGCGGCCAGGCCGGCCGUGAAGGCCGAAAAGAGGAGCCCCCGGCGCUCCGCCUCCCGCUCGGCGCGGGGCAGCCAGUCGCCGCCGGCCGAGGAGCGGCGGGGCCGCGGCAGGAGCAGCAGGUCGCCCAAGAGGAAGAGCAAGUCCGGGCGGAGGAGCCGGUCCCCCCGCGGCAGGAGGAGCCGCAGCCCGCACCACAACGCCGUGAAAGUGAAGCAGGAGCGAGACGAUCAUUGUCGUAGAGGAAACGAGGAGCGAAAGCAGAGGUACCCAUCAGAACAGGAACACAAGAGAGAGAGAAGCAGUGACAGAGACAGGCACAGAGAGCACUCGGACAGAAGGAAGAACCCAAACGAAAGGCCCGGAGUUCGGGGCCAUGAGCGAGAGAGGGAUGUUCAGAACAUCCGUGAGCAGCAAGCAGAGAGGGAGUUCUACAACGAGAGGAGACGAGAGCAUCGACAAAAUAACGAAGGCAGCGGUGCUGACCAGAAUCCAGAACUCGGGCAGUCUGAUAACAAACCCAAAGAAAAAGCUGCUGUAAACAAAGAGAAGCCGAGCUUUGAACUGUCUGGCGCGCUUCUAGAGGAUACCAACACGUUCCGAGGUGUGGUGAUUAAGUACAGCGAGCCCCCGGAGGCUCGCAUUCCGAAGAAGCGAUGGCGCCUCUAUCCUUUCAAAAACGAUGAGUUUCUCCCAGUGAUGUAUAUCCACAGGCAGAGUGCUUAUCUUCUGGGCAGGCACCGCAGAAUCGCGGAUAUUCCGAUUGACCAUCCCUCCUGCUCAAAGCAGCAUGCUGUGUUCCAGUACCGGCUUGUGGAGUACACCCGUGCCGAUGGCACCGUUGGCCGCAGAGUCAGGCCCUACAUAAUCGACCUGGGCUCCGGGAACGGCACUUUUCUAAACAACCAGCGGAUUGAGCCUCAGCGUUACUAUGAACUGAAGGAAAAGGAUGUACUGAAGUUUGGGUUCAGUAGCAGGGAAUAUGUUCUUCUCCAUGAAUCUUCAGAUAAAUCUGAGGCCAACACAAAGGACGAUGAUGAUGAUGAGGAGAAGGAGGAAGAGUCUGACAGUUAACAGAUGAGGAGGAAAUUGGGGAGGGGGGGGGGGCGGGGGGGGGGAGCAGGGGAGCGAAAUUCUUUGCAGUUGACCAUGCAUUGGGAUGUAAACAUUGGAGCAUCGCAGCACUGAUGCCUCUUACUGCCUUAAAGUCCUUUUUCUGUUGCUGAUCUGUUCUUGUUUAUUUUGAGGGACUUCACUGAUUGUUCAUCUUUGAUAGUUUUGCAUAUCAGGAAGUACAGCUUUUUUAUUAUUAUUACUGCAUUUUUUUUGUCCCACAAGCAAAAGAGCACCUGGAUGCAAAAGCUCUGAUGCUGGAAAUAUUCAACAAAUGUUGAAAGACUGUCCUCUUCUAGGAACUGAUGUAAAACACAGCUGGCAUAUUUAAAAUUUUUUUUAUUAACUGUUUUCUCAUAGCCCUUUGAAAAUGCUACUUAACUGAAUUAUUAGUUAGAAAGUAACCCAAUGCAUUUUGUAACACAUCUUGUUUAGUGGAGUUUGCCAAAUUCUUUUGCCUGUCAGGAGUUCUGGACAGGAGAAUUUACCAGGCUUGCUACUAAAAGGGCGGAAAUGUUGCAACGCCCCUCUUGUAUUUUGUUAUGGUUUGGGUCCUUAGCUUGCCCUGUGAUACCUUUCGGGGGGGCUUUUCACUGCAUACACACACUACCCAAAACCGGCAAGGUCAUCCGAAAUAGAAAUUAAAAGCUUCCUGGGAUUUUAGGUGACAAUACUGUGAUUUGGGGGCUGAGGUCUAGGUCAGUGUUGCAACACGCGAUGCCGAAACCGUCACUGGAUGUUGAGUGUCCGGGUCUAGAGCCGGGGCCUUUGUUGCUGGUGCCACCCCUGCCCCAUGGUUUUGUUUGUAUUCCGCAUAAAUACUUUCUAUGCGGCGACAUGUUUUAACCAGAGUUUGCACUAUUUAAGUUUUCUUUUUAUAAAAAAAUUAUACAAGUACCUUGUUUAAAAUAGUCUUCUCCCCUGUAAAAGAAAAUGCUUUAGGAAGAGAAAAAACAAUUCCACUCACUGAAAGUACUUGCAUCUUGUGUAUUUUUGGAUGUCUUCUCCCCACUGCUUUAUGGUAUAAGAAAUGUAUAUUUUCCACACUGUUUACUAAUUCGCUUGGAUGUUUGUUCUGUGGUCACAAGCUACUCCUACCUGCUGUGUAUAUACCUUGUGUAUACAAGUGUUGCGUAUUGUAUACACAGGCUAGAACAUUUAUGGUGUAAAUACGGGGCACUGCCAUAGGUUUUCAAACAGUGGGUAGAAUGAGUUUUGACUAGGAGGAUCUCCUUUAUAUAUACUCUAGGGGUUUUUAAAUAAAGAAUUUGUAAAUUUAGCCCUAA